CUGUUACCGGUAAAACAAGCAAGCAUGCAUUCAGUUUUACUUUCGUCGUCGGUUCUACAAGUCGCCAAACGCACAAGCUUUACCCCGCAAAAAUGGGACCAAUGGAAGUGCAGGCCUCACUGCUGAGGAUUAUGCUAACCCGGCCGAUAAACGUGUUGACGCUGCUACUUCUGGACGCCCUCAUUUGGCUGCAGCGAAGUGACAUUGUGGAUUUUCAUAAUCGCAUCCAGGACAUUCCGCCGCAGUUCAUCUACGAUGUGUACGAUUUUGUGGUGGUUGGAGGAGGCAGCUCCGGUGCAGUGAUGGCUGCCCGGCUGUCGGAGGUUUGCGAUUGGAAUGUGUUACUGAUAGAAGCCGGCCCGGAUGAAUCGUAUCUGUCGGACAUACCGUACCUGUUUCCGGCCCUGCAAAGGUCACAGAUGGACUGGAAGUAUCGAACGGUUCCUAAUUCACAUUAUUGUCAAGGAAUGGAAAACCACCAGUGUGCUUGGCCCAGGGGUAAAGUAAUUGGUGGAUCGUCGACGCUGAACGCUAUGAUGUACAUUCGUGGCAAUCCGGAGGAUUAUGACGAGUGGGAGCGUUUGGGAAACACUGGCUGGAGUUGGCAGGAUGUGUUGCCGUAUUUUGUUAAAAUGGAAAACACGAGGGAUCCCAAAAUUGCUGACCAACCGUGGCAUGGGAAAAACGGUCCAAUGACUAUAGAUUUGUUCAAAAAUCGUUCCAAGCUAACACCAUUUUUCUACGAAGCAGCAAAACAGUUGGGCCACGAGAUAGCGGAUGAAAUGAAUGGACCUUCGCAAAAAGUAUUUGGCCCGCUUCAUGGAACUAUUCGGAAUGGAUUGCGGUGUAGUACCGCUAAAGCCUAUCUCAGACCAAUUGCAAACAGGAAAAAUCUUCAUAUUUCUCUAAACACAAUGGUUGAGAAAAUAUUGAUUGACCCAGAGGAUAAAAGGGCGUACGGUGUUAAAUUUUCCAAAGACAAUCGACAACACUAUGUGAUGGCGAUGAAAGAAGUCAUCUUGUCCGCUGGAGCAAUCAAUAGUCCACACCUGCUUAUGCUGUCUGGAGUUGGAGCUAAAGAAGAGCUGGAAGCAGUCGGAAUAGAUGUCAUCCAAGAUUUGCCUGGAGUUGGUAAAAACCUGCAGGAUCAUGUGGCAUCUGGUGGAGUAACAUAUUUAAUUAAUAAAUCCAAAAAUACUUCGUACCUAUCUGCCAAGAUGACCGACGCAAUGUCUACAACUGAAUUGAAAAAUUUCAUUUUCAACAACAGUGGAAUUUUGUUACAAAUGCCAUUUUGUGAAGUGAUGGGAUUCAUCAACACAAAAUACCAACCGGAGGACAGCAACCGACCCGAUGUGCAACUUUUCAUGGCCUCUCAGUCGGAAGUGUCUGAUGGUGGCGUUUUUGGAGCAUACGGGUCAGCCAUCUCUCACAAAUAUUAUGCACAAAAUUAUGAACGCUGGAUCUACCACGACUCAUUUUUCUUUCUUCCCCUGCUAAUGAGACCCCAAAGCAGAGGCUAUCUGAGUCUGAGCAGUAAAAAUCCUUACGACAAGAUCAAAAUUCAUCCCAAAUACUUUUCCGUGAGACGUGAUAUGGAUAUUUUGAUUGAAGGACUGAAGUACUGCUUGAAGCUUGCCCAAACGCCGGCCCUCCAGCAGUUGAACAUAACCUUCAUCUACGACGCUAUUCCGGAAGCCACCUGCGCACAAGAAAAGGGCGACAGUUUCUACGAGUGCUUGAUAAGACAUUUUUCCCAGACCAUCUACCAUCCCGUGGGCACAACUGCGAUGGGACCCAAGACCGAUCCGAUGGCAGUCGUCGAUGCUCGGCUGAGAGUGCACGGUAUCGAAGGGCUCAGAGUGGUCGAUGCAGGAAUAAUGCCCACAAUUGUAACUGGAAAUACGAACGGCCCAUCAAUUAUGAUUGCCGAAAAGACUGCUGACAUGGUAAAAGCGGAAUUUUUGCCGAUACUUUUAGAACGGACCAUUACAAAGGAAUGCAACACUUACAACUAUCUGUACAAUUGAAACAACCUGCAAGUCUACAA